GAGGACAAGGAUAUUUUGUGGCUGUCCUUACUACAAAUAUCUGACCAUUUUGAAUAAUACGACCAUCACCAUCACAUAAGCAGAUAUGUGGACGCUAGGCUCUGAUAAACAAACAGACCACACAUCAGUAGUUUCGAUUUUUCAAAGCAUGUGAGAAAUAUGGAUAAAUCAUGAUCACUGGUUUAAUAACAGAUUCUGAUUAACUCAAUUUCCACGUGUAGAUUCAUACAUUUAAUUAUUUGAAAUCUAAAAGACUGAAGUUGCGCUGAAGACAAUUAUACAAGAUGUAUUUAAACCGAGAUUGUAUACUAUUAUCUGUGUUAAGAUAUCCCAAUCGAAUAUAUGAUUUGAGAAAUGAGUUUUAAAUUUAAUCCAAUUGCAUUUAUUAGUCGUCGAAGUUCGAAAGUUCGGGCUAAGACACGCAGUGAGUCAGCUGAUCAAACAUCGCUAAGUCAGAAUGACAGUGAUAAUGAAUUUCAGAGUCCCGUGGUCAGAUCUCGUACAAGACCUUCAAAGAAAAUUUCAUCCGGACAAGAUCCAAAGUCUUUUCCUUCAUCUUCUUCUAUUCGAGCUCAGGUACUUGCAAGUCUCAGAAGAACUCGAAGUCCUAAGCGUAAAGUUCAUCAAACGUCGGUCAGGGCAAUAUCUGUGCCACCAAGUACGCUCGAAAAUGAUGCCUCAACCCACAUAGACAGUAUCGUUACUAGUACUGCUAUUAAUGAUAAUUGUAAAGUAGCAGGUGUAGUUAGUUCAAAAUAUGGCAAACGACAAACAAAAGAAUGUGAAUCUCCAGCACCUCUAGCUCAAGAUGAUUGUUUUGAAUUAACAGAUAUGUCGGAUGUAGAAAGUGAUCCUAUGCAUAAAUCUCAAGCAUUUCAGUGUCCAAUAAGUGAUGAAAACAAGAUACAAAAAACAACAAUAGGAACAAUGGAUGAUAAUGAAUCUAAUACACCUGUUGGAUUACAAUCGCAAUCUCUUGAAAAUAUUGAUAUCGAAUCGAAUAACCUAUCGUCCAGUAUACGUGACAAUCACAUUGAUAAUAAAAAUGAAAUCGACACAAACAUUUUAUCAACUUAUACGUAUGACAGUACAGAUUUACAAUAUGAAUCAGAAGGAGAGAAUUCGACGGAAAAUGAGUAUGCAAUCUAUACAAAUAAUAACAAUUAUUUUGAUGACGAUAAAAGUGUAACAAAAUUAGCUGUUGAAUAUGAAAUCGACUAUCCUAUAAUUGAUCAUGCUGAUUAUGAUGACGUUUUAUCAUUUUCUAAUGAAACACCAAAACAAUUCUCAUUAUCUAGUGAUAAUGAAGAGGAACACGAUACAGAAGAACAAGAUGAUGAAAGUACAAAAAGUAUUCAAAGUUCAAUGAAUCAAUCACUGACAUCUAUAAAACAGCCAGAAGAAGAGGGUGAAAACAAAGAAAAUACACAAUGCGAUACUAGAAAUGUAUACCAAGACGAAAUUGAUGAUCGGCAAUCUGUUCGUAGUAAUUCAGAAGACGAUUAUUAUAAAUAUGAUGAUGAAAAUCAACAAUCACUAGUUAUAACUAUUGAUAGAGAACAAAACAUUCAAAUGCAUGAAACUAGCUAUGGUGAAGUAAUACAGGAACAGGAGAAUACUGAUCAGUAUGAAUCAAGUAAUGACGAGCUAAGUCAAGGUCCAUUUUCGCUUACUAAAUUAACUGCUCACAAUUCAGAGUGGGAAAAUAUGCGUGAUAACAGUAACACUUAUUUAACAACACCAUCAAUCAUUAUCACAAGUGCCUCUACUGAAAGCUUGAUGAAAAUAAAUAAUGAAAAUAGUUUAACACCUCCAAUGAGACCACCACCACCUCCAGUCCCUCCACCGCCUUCUCAUUCAGUAAGCACACCUAAACGUCCAUCACCACCUAAAGAAUUACCACCAAAACCACAGCAUCCACAAUCUACAACAACUAGUCAACAUGAUACUAGCAAAAAGAGACGUAAAAAGGAUAAACUUUUUGGUUUAGUCGAUCUUGGACCACUCCCAUCAGAUCCAGAUCCAAACUUUCCAUUUCGUAGUCAUUUUGAAAAAAGUGUUCUACCAAAUCCCAAAAAAGCUAUACAACGUAUUCUACGAGGGGAAACUAAAGCUGAACGACGUCAAAGAAAAGAACAACAAGAAUUAAAUCGUCUCCUUAAAGGUCCUAGAGAUAAAACUGAACAAAUAAUUAAGCUUGAAUCAUCACCACAUUCUAAAGGUUGGCAAGAAUUUCAAGAGCUUACAGCAAGAAUACAAAGUACUGUUGAAGAGUCAACAAGUAAAAUAAAAGCUUUAUCCUCAGUAUACCAGACUGAUGAUAAUCAACCAACAGAAUUAAAAACUGAUGAUAUAAAGCCUGAAUUAGAAUUAACUGAAAAUUGGGCAAAUUUCGAUCAGAUAAAAACUACUUCAGAAGAAAAUUGGGCGAAUUUUGAUCAGUCGAUUGCAACAUCGAAUAACCACACUGAAUCCUAUUCUUUAGAUACUGAUAAGAAUUGGGCUAAUUUUCAAAUAGAAGAUUUAGAUAAGAAUAACCUUGGAAACUGGGCUGAUUUUAAUCAGACUCCGACUACUAUUGAUCAGAUUAUCGAUAUAAAGGAAUUGGAACAACCAGAUAACUGGGCAGUUUUUGAACAGUUACAAACUUCUGAACAAUUCGUCAGUUCUAAACCAGUUGAAAGUAUCGGUGAAAAUUGGGCAGAUUUUAAUACAUUACAAGCAGUUAAUCAAUAUCCUUCCCAUACAUCAUUGGGUGAUGAGAACUGGGCGAAUUUUGAGUUAAUCGCAGCAAAUAAUAGUUUACCGUUUGAUAGUACAGGAGAUAUAUUCAACAAAAACACUGAUCGUACAGAGCUAAAAAGUACUGAUAAUUUGUUUGGUAAUUUUGAGAACAUAAAUAAUCUCCAAGAAGAUCUAUUUGAACAGCAUUGUCAAGAGAAAACAAGUGAAGGCGAAGCUCAUAGAAGGGAUCACGAAACUGUUGAGGAAAAUCUUUUCGACUCACAUUACAUAAAAGAUACUGAAAAUCCACAAAAUUUUAAUCAGUUAGAAACUGACCAGAAGUUUCUUGAUUUUAACAAUUACAAUUCUCAACAUCCACCAAACCUCUCUCAUUUAGAUACCUCAGAGAUUGUCUUCGAAUUAGGAGUGAGAGGAUCAGUACCUGAAGAUAUAACUAACAACUAUAAUAUCCUGAAAGAUACUGAAGACCUUCUUGUUAGGAAAAAGUCUAUCGAUACAUUUGGGAGUCAUUACACAGUAGUUGCAAAUAAUUUGAUAGACCCUAACAAUACAGAACAUUCUGAACAAAUUGUUGAAUUUAAUCAAACAAAACAAACUGGCACUGGUGAACAUUUAAACGAAUCGGGUCAUUCAGCAAUUGAAAUUAAAAGUGAUUUUAGUCAAACAGAAUCUAGUGAUAAUUAUUUUGUUGUAGAUCGUUCAGGAACUACUGAGAAUCUAUUUGGUUGUGAUUAUCCUUUGCCUGAAGUUAAACUUUAUAGUCAAACAGUUAUUGAUACCACACAACAAAAAACAACUGGUAAGAACAAUUUAUCUAGUUCUUCCAAAACUAUUGAAAGUAAAUUUGAUUGUAAUAGUUCACAAAUUGACAUAAAAACAAAUUCACCAGAAAGUUAUUUUUUUUUAAUUGAUCACCAAAAACUAAUUCAAGAGAAAUUCCUUACUACUUGUAGCUAUUUCAGUAAACCACACAUUUCACAAUUAAAUUUUAAAAAUAUGGAAGCAGAUAAAUUGAAUAGAUUUAAUGAAUUAGACGAUAAUGAAGUUAUUCAGUCCAACUCAAUUAUGGAUAUUUCCGAAGAAAAUUAUCAUGACAAUUAUGACAUAGAACAUGGAAAUUAUGAACAAAACGACGAUUUUGAUCCGGAAAUUACAGCUGAUUCAAGUUCAGAUACAUCUUCAUACGAAGAUAAUGAACAACACGCUGUUAAAGAAAAUGAAGACGAGAUAGAAGGAGGAGAAGAAGAAGUAGAAAUAGGAUCAAAAGACCAUAGUAGUAUGAUUGGUGAAUAUGACUUGGGAUAUCAUCAGCAUUAUGAUAAUACCGACUAUACUGACGAAGAGGGAAUGGUAUUUACAACAAAUGCCCAGAAUAUUAAAGAUAAUAAAGAAGAGAUCAAUCCUUUUGCUAAUGAUGAUUUUGGAGAUAUAUCAAUAAUUGCAACAACAACAACAAUAGAAAAUAAAAAUAAAUCAAUUGAACGUAAAACAAGCAUAGAUGAGUUAAAAACUAUAGCUAGACCACGUGUUAAACCAGUUAGACAAGAAACUUUAUCAGGUAAUAAUCCGUUCCGUAAACGUUCAGAUAUUGAUGAACCUGAUAUGUUAAACAUUAAUCCUCAUAUUACUGAUACCGCUGACAUUUCAACCGAUGAGUUAACACGUAUAGCAUCUGGAAUUAAAUUAAUUAGUCCACAGAAUAAAAUAAGUCUUCAUAGUAAAAUAAAAGAUAGUUUUGAUAGUAAUACUAGUGAAUCAUUCAAUGGAGAAGUUGAGGAAUCUAAAGAUGAGCUACAAAAUUCUGAAAUAAUACAAACGAUUGAAAAUGUGAAUGUUAAUUUAGAUGGUUUUGAUCCACUGCAAACUAUUUAUCCGGAUAGUGAGGAUGAAAAUUCAUCUCAUUCAAAUGAAUCAAGAACACUACACAUUACAAUAAAUCAAGAUCAACAGCAAAAUACUGCCAUGAAAUCGAAAUCAACGGUAGUAUCAACAGAUAAAGAUAGUGAAUUACCAAUCACCAUACAACCUCCACCACAACAAUCGAAAUCAAUGAACAUUCUUGAUUUAAAUAUUGAAUCGAUUAGUAAUGAAGAAAAUAAAAUGAUAACGGAAGGGGAUAAUCAUUCUACUAAUGAGACAAAUGCUAAUAUUUCUCCAACUACACCUCCUGGAUGGGUAGACUUCUUUGAUGAUGAUGAUAAUAAUAAUAAUAAUAACAAUGAUAAUAAUAAUAAUAGCAAUGCUUUAUCAAAUGUUACCGCAUUUAAACUUGAUAAAGAUGUUGUUGACAAAGCAUUUGAAAUUCAGUUGGAACAAGAAGACGAAAAUAACGGAAGUAAACCAGAACCAUCUUAUCCAGAACCCCCAAGACCGGAAACACCAGAUCCAGAAUUAGAUAUACCAUUUCAUCCAUUUGUUAAUACAGAAGAUACUUGGCGUUUAUGGUUAAGAUAUCCAGAGAAGAAAACACGUGUUAAACAAAUUAGUAAGUAUACAACAGAUAGAUAUUGGCGUGAAGUAGCUGUGAGACUAAUUGAAGAACAUGGUCGGAAAGUAAUAGCUCUUCAUGAAAUUAUUGAGAAUACAGAUGAAAUUUCACCUGAACCAUAUAAAACUGUACGUAUUGAGCCAUAUAUGCAAUUGUCUAGAGAAAAAUUACAACAAUAUGAUAAGUAUGGUAAACUACAUGUUUUUAAAUUAAAUCAUGUUUCUUAUAAAGAAUUAGUUGGAAUGAGACCGGAGAAAUUUUCAAUAAAAAAUUUACAAAAUUUGGUUACCCAUAAGCCUAAACAAAAUAUCACACUAGAUCACAUACCAAUAUAUACAGAGAUAUUAAAAUUUGGUUCAUUAGACCAGUCAAGAAUUCGUAGAUUGAUGCCAGUGUUUGAAGAUGCUUUAAUGAAAAUACCAUCACAUAAAGAUACAUCAUUAAAUUAUAGUCGUGAAGAGGUUUGUUGUUAUGUUGUUGAUGAAUAUGAAGGUAAAUUAAAUGUACAUGGAACAAUUUUAGAGCAGAAAGCACGUACUCGAAUAUUCUGCACAGCGUUUGUUAAUGGUGGUCCACAUAUAGUACUUGGACUAAAUGAUAAAUGGCGUUUUGGUCGAGAGGUUGUCAGACGUUCUGAUAUAUUACCAGUAAUGCAUGAUGAAUGGAUAAAUAUACAAAAACCAGAAUUUCAUUCAUGCGUACAAAUGGAUGAAUAUGAAAAAGAUCAUAUGUUACAAUUCUAUCCAUUAGAUGGCUGUCGAUUUGAAUUAUUGAGAUUUCGUGUUAGCCUACGUGGGAACAGAGAAUUACCAAUGCAAGUUAAAGUCACAUAUACAAUUGAUGGACGCCGGGUCUCAAUGAGGUGUGAUUUACUGGUACCAGGCUAUUUCAGUGCAAGUAAACGAUCUGGUGCAGUACCGUGUGAAAAAGUUGAAAUAAACAUUCCUUUUCCAGAAGAAUGGAUCUAUCACUUUCGAGUUGAAAAGCAUCAUAAAUAUGGUUCUGUACAUUCCACAUUACGUAAGCCAGGUAAAAUUAAAGGUCUAGAAAGGAUCACACAAAUGGCUCAAAGUUUAUUACCACCAAGCAUGUUGGAGGCAAGUAUUGGUGUUGCAAAAUAUGAACAUUUAUAUAAAGCUAUUGUAUGGCGUAUACCAAGAGUACCAGAAAAAUCGGAAGCAUCAUUUCGUCCACAUCUAUUAACCUGCAAUUUAGUAUUAGCUCCACACGAUACAGUACCUGAAUGGGAAACUUUGAUUCCAUACUGUCAGAUUGAAUAUACUAUGCCAUCAAGUACAGUAUCUGGCGCGACUGUACGUUCCAUUAGCGUAGAGCACACAGGAAAUGUGGAGAAAUUUGUAAAAUAUCUUACCAAAUAUAAGUAUACAAUGGAUAUUGACUAUCAGUUAGGUAGUCGUAAAGAGCCAGUUUUGAAAUCCCUUCUAGAUGAAAAUACAUCUAGUUUAUAUGAAACAUCGGAUGAACAAACAUCGUCAAAUCGAAAAUAUGAACAGAAUGCUUCAAAUAAUAACAUCAGUGAUAAUAACAAUAAUCACGCAAUGGAAUCAGAAGAAUAUCAUCGUGUCAAUAACGUAACAACAGUUAUUUCUGACGAAGCACAAACAAACCAGACAGCACCGACAGAAUUUGGUGAUCUUUUAGGUUUGGGUGCAGAGUUUGAUAUACCGUCUGAUGUUCGAUCAGAACAAUCUAAGUCCAGUAAUACCGAUAACAUUUUUUAAAAGGACAAUUGUAAUUCUAUAUAACUGAUCGUUUUAAACAAUAACACUGGAGAUCUUUUGUCGAUUUAAUUUUAACAUGAGAUUUCCCAGCUGCAUAUAAACGCCUUUUCUUUUCUUUUCACCAAAAUAUAACAUGGUGAAUGCACUAUAUACUUUUGUCAUUCAACAUGUAAAAGACCCUACCGUGAAUCCUGUACACUUAUUCUUUGAAGUAAAGUUGUAGACUACUUAUAACUUAGUAACUUCAUGAGAUGGCAUGCUUAUAAAUUGUUUGUACUGUUAUACAAAACUAUUAUGUACUUUAAUUACGAUGUAGAAAGUCAACUUCUAUCUUUAUUUUAACCAAUCUUUCUGUUGAGCACUUUUGUCAGUGAUUUAUUGUCAACUGAAGUUGAAACUGCUUCUUGACAAACUUUCUACAUGGAAUAUAAUCAUCAUUUUAUAACUAAUAUUAUAUAUAAUUUAUUAUUACUAUACACACGUAAUUAUUCAACUACGAAAUAACCCCAAAAAAUUUCAAAACCAUUCUAUUGAUAUUAAUAAUAUGCCAGUAUAAUGUAAUGCGUCCCAGGCAAAGCCCUUCUGUGAUAGCCUGUACGAUUUUGAUUAUGACCAACUGAGUAUAAACAAUAUUCCGUGUAUUUCCCCUAUUUUAUUUGUUUGCACAAAAUACCCUACUACUACAAGUUGGAAGUUCAGUUCUUGCACAUUCAUAAAACACAUUUUUACAAUCCACCGUACCAACAUGUUAAAAUACAUCCAAUAAACAGGAAUAAAAUUAUAUAAUUACGCGUAAAUCAUAUAUCGUUUCAUUUUUAUCUUGAACCCUUCAAGUUAUCUUUCAAAAAUAAACAUAAAAAAACAAUCGUAACCGGAUAUUAAUCCGAAAUCCUGCUUGUUCAUUUAUAAUUUUUUUCUUUAAAUGUACCAUUUAUCUUCGUAGAUUUGCCGCCCAUUGGGUUUUCGUCAGUUUUACUUAAUUGAAACAAAUAUUAUGUUAUUUAGCAUUUAUACAGAAGAAAUUAUCCACCUAUACAAUGUCUACUCAAUUUAUUUGUGAAAUUUCUACCGGUUAUCCAUUAUUUGUGAACUCAGAACAGCAUACGUUCUAAAACAAAUACCAUUUAUUUAUUAACAAAGAAUAAUCGAAAUAAAAUGUUUUGAUGCUAAUGUUCUAUGUGCCUACUAUUAACAUGAUUAUCUGAAUACUUCAUCCAUAAAAAUUACUAGGUUUCAUGAA